AUGGUCGCGAGGAGCCCGGACGCCAGGCAGUGCAGGCAGACGGCCGCCGCGGCCGCUGCUGCCGCGGCGCUCAAUCCCGCCCUCGUCCGGGAGACCCUCAAGAAGGUGGACCGGUGCAUGGCGCGGCUGCAGGAGCUGCAGUACACGGUGGCCGGCGGCGCCAAGGUGGUCUCCGGCGUCAGCCUCAGCCCGCGCAGCAUGCGCGGGUACCUCCGCACCAGCCUCCGCUGCAAGCAGGAGACCGUCAGGAUGAGGACCACGCCGGCGCAUAAGAGAUCCCCGAACAGCAAGUUCGGCGGCGGUGAUGGCGGCGCCGCCCAGUGGCGCCGGAUGUCACUUCCGGCGAUGCUCCUCGGCGAGACCGUACUGGAGAUCGUCCAGGCGAGCAAGUUCGCAGGCGAUAUUGUCGCUGUGGUGGAUGCUGGCGCCAAUAAGAGCAGAGACGCCCCCAAGACCCCGAAACCAGUAACCAGGACAAGGAAAGUGGCCAUCGAGGCGACCCCGCUCCGCGCUCGCCGCGCCAGGGAGAAGCAUAGUCAGCGGGGCACCGCGCAUGCCGAGGUCAGCACGCCGCCGUCACGCGGCCGCGUGCGCUCCCGGAUACAGUUCAAGGCCACCUCGCCGCUUGGGAGGCCGUCGGUUUCCGCGAACCGGGUAUCCCCCCGGAACAGGCCAUGGGCCAAGAAGACGGUGAUGUUCCCCAACCCGACGUUCAUCGCCUCCACCUCCUCCGCCGCGUACGACUCGCCGUCGCCGUCCAAGAAACAGAAGCGGUUCUACAAGACGCGGUCCCCGGUCACCGCCAGGCAGACUCCGCACAAAUUCCUGGUCAAGUCGCCGCCAAGCUCGCUUGGGUCCAAGCUCAAAAGCCAUGGCAAAUUGCACCCUUCAAGGCCAGUCACCGUGUCGCCACCUGAAAAGGUCCAGGCGGCGGCGGCGGCGGCGGCGGCGGCGGCAUCAGCGUCCAAGACCCGGCGCUGCACAUUCUCGCCGUCACGUUUGGCAUCACGUCUCGUGUCGUCCCCUGCAAAAGCGCAGGCUGCGGCGUCAAACAACAAGGGCCGGCGGUGCUCGUUCUCCCCGUCACGGUUGGCGACAAGGCUCGUGUCGCCGAUCAAGGCGAGGUUAUCGCUGACCAGGAGCCGGGACGGUGGUGUCCAGGGCGGCGGAGGCAUGGUGAGCGGGCUAAAGCAGCGACCGGGCGUCAGCAUGACGGUGCGAACGGUGUCAAGCAGGAUACCGUCAUAUUGAUUGUGAGGAAUUUGCUCUUGGAUCUUCACUCUUCGGCGUCUUGCGAAGGCGAUGAGAUGGCCCUGAAAUUGCAGAAAAGGGAGAUGAUUUGAGCUCAUUUCCUCCUUAAUAAGAUGUUUGGCUGAGGUAAUAAUCCUCUCUUGGUUGCUUUGUACUUGUACAUCAUCAAAAAUACAAUGGUAAUCCUGUCUUGGUUGCUUGUACAUCUCAUCAUAAUACAAUACAGAUUGGUCUGCUCGACCGUACAAUACAAAGCGCAAUCAGUGUCAA